AAAGUUUUUUUCUUCUCUUUUCUCUAACUUUUAAAUGAAAAAUGGGCGAAAAACCAAUUGUUUCAAUUAAACUCAAAGAUAACAAACCUUUUUAUUUUGAAGACGAAAGGAUUCAAGUCACUAUCAACUUGCAGCUCAAAAAGGUUUUAAAAAACCCCUUCCUUAUUAUCAGAUUUAAAGGACGAGCCAGCUCCUACUGCAACAAAAUCACCCACCACUUUGAAAAUAUCUUCACAUACGAAAAAGAAAUCCCGAUAAAGCAUUACAAUAAACUUCCUUACAUAAACAGAGCAGUUGAAUUUGAUUACAGUGUAGAAGUUCCCAAUAAUGUCAGAAUCCCCAGUUACAGAGAUUUAAUCGAUGGCAAGGAUGGCGGUAAAAUCAAGUACACAGUUGAAAUUCGCUUGGGAUCAACGCGAUUUUUCAAGAAAACUAUAAGAGCAAAAAGUAGUAUUGCCCUCCCUCUUGUUGCCAAAGUGGAUAUUGAUAUGAAUGGAUUAGAGAAACAAAAGGAAACGAGUAUUUCUUGGCCACAGGAAGAAAAGGACGAAGACACGUAUGUACUUUCGGCUAGUAUUCCCCAUGAAGGAUGGCUUCUUGGAACAACAAUCGAUGUUGAAAUUAAUUUAAAACAACCCAAAAUACAUGUCCCUGUCGAAUCUGUUGUAGUUGAACUAAUUUGCCAAGAAAGCAUUGCCUCCGUUAGAGACCGUGUACCAGAAACAACCUGGCAAUUAGACGAUAGAAUUGUUGAAAAAUACUCUUUGAAGGGCGAAAUUUUGGCUUCCACUCAACCUAUCACGCUUCCUAUACCAUCUAAUUUAACACCAACAAUAAGCAGUCUGAGCGCCAAGGUGAUGAGGCUAGAUUACAAACUUCGUGUCACGGUUGAACUUCAAAAUAGAAACAGGGUGCUCUCUGUAAAUUUGCCUCUGGUCAUUGGUACAAAGCGAACAUUCCAUCAAAAGCCCGCUGUAGAAGAUCUAGAUUCUAGUAACCAUGAAACACAUCAAUCAAACGAUCCUAAUUUAUCAAACUGUGCCCCCAAUUCAUUUGGCUAUUAUUUUAAUUCACCUGAGUACUACCCCCAUCCAUUUGGACUUUCUGGAGCAAGAAAAAGAACAUGUCUAUCAUCUGUACGUAGUACAUUGUGUAUGUCACCAUACUUUAGUGUUGGCCCAGUAGAUAGUCCCUCUUACUUUCAAUCCUCUUCUACCAGAAGUAUGUCUCUUGUGUACCCAUCUCAUCAACAACCAUCGUCCCCAGCAAUCAUUUUAGGGACAGAUAGUCACAAUAUUUUUCCACAGCCUAAUUUGUCCCCAAUGCAGUGCAUACCAGAAGAUACCUCAAACAACCGAAAUGCUUCACGUACCAUGGGGUCUCCCUUCAAUAAGUAUCUCUUCACUAAUGAAUCUUACGCCCAGACAUUUGGUUUGCUACAACAAUAUCAAUUUUCUCUGGAGAAGGAUGAACGCAGCAAUCAACUUGAAGAGCUUUCGUGUGAUAGUUUAUAUUUGGAGGCUAUCGAGGAGAACUCCAUAAUCAUCUCGCUGUCUGAAUUCACUGGUAUGAAAUUUAAAAGCAAAAGCUUGAACCUGAUUCUUCGAGAACAUUUUCCAAAUGGGCUAGGACUUCGGGCAAGAAAUGUAAAUAAAGAACUUAAACAUAUAGAAAUCAAUUUUGGAUCUGCUGCAGAAAGAGACGAGGCUUUGGCGAAGAAACUUGUAAUUUUUAACAAAACAAUUAGAAUCAGUCGUCCAUUGGAUAAAGAUACAACAGUAAUUAAAGUUGAAGUUUCCAACAUUCCAAUGCAAAGUGAAGAUCUCUUGAAGUCCCAUAUGAUCGAUAUAUUUAAGCAGUAUGGAGAAAUUUUAAAAAUAGGAAUUUAUCGUGUUACAGAUGGUGGCUGGUUCACAGGAAAAGGCUUUGUUACACUCCGGAAGCACAAAUCGGAUUCAAUGUACCACCAACUCGCACCUCAAAUUACCUCAUGGAAAGCAAAUACAAAGCUGCAUCUGGCUUACUUGAAUAUAAGCCCAACAUGUAAAUACUGUCAUGGAGAGCAUAAUCAAUCAAAAUGCCCCAUGAUAUCGGCGAAGAAGAGAGCCUGCUUUCAGUGCGGAAGUCCCGGUCAUUUGAAAGCCAAUUGUCCUUUAGCCUCAUGGAAUCAUAGAAAAAACACCAAGGGUAGUGCUGGAUCGCUAUCCAACAACAUUACUUCGCAAGACCUUCCUGUUCCUGAACUGUACGAAUCAGAUAUUCAAUCGAUUUCUAUGAGUGGAGAUUCGCUGGCGAACUCUGAUGAUGAUGAUACUGUAGAACGCACUUUCGAUAACAACCAUAGAUGCGAUCUGAAGAAAAAAAGAUAUAUUACCAUAAAUAAUAUAUGUGGUCAUAUUGAAUUAAAUAGAAUAAAUACAUUAGAAGUUUGAUUAGAUUGAAUUACAUGGCAUUAAAAAAAGAACAAGAAGAUGCAAUAAAAUGCCAAAACCAAAAUACUUGCCCCGAUAAACCCUCUAUGAUUUUUAUUAAUUCCGCAUCAUUCUGCCC